AUGGCUCGCCGCGCCAUCCACGCGACGCCGCGCGGGCACGUACGCGAGGCUGCGUGCUGGAGCAGUCUCGGCUCUGCUCUACAUAUGCGCUAUCGCCACGCUGAAGUGGUUGAGGAUCUACAGACCGCGAAACUGGCGGUUCAACGCGCCGUCCGCCUAGCCCUCGACGCAAACCCCGGCAACCUGCGGUAUCAUCUAGACAGACUCAGCAACACACUGCUCGAGCAGUUACCCCACUCUGGCAGCCUCAAGGUCGUAGCCUGCGUGAUAUCAGCAUGCAAGCGCGCCGUCGAGCUAGCGCCCGAGGGAGACCGUGGCAUGUCAGGUUAUCCGGAAUCCCUCGCGAUCGCUUUUCUUGCCCGCUUCGUGUGUACUGGGAAUCUUGAUGAUAUCGUGGCUGCGUCCGCGGCGUUGCAUGGCCCCAUCAAGCUCACUUUUAAUGGACAUAUCCCGAAACCGAGUCGCUCAGGCAGCUCUCACCGCCCCGGUGGCCUCAAGCGGCCUAAACCGGAUUGCCUCAAGCCAUGCGCGCUCGCACGACGGGCGCCGAAGAGCGCAAGACGGACUUCAGGAUAA